AUGGCCAAGCGGAAGCGUAACAAUAAACCGCCGGCGGAUGCAGCAGCAGCCUCAAAGAAGCAGGCGGCGGGCACAGGCAUUCGAACGCCGCCCUACGAAGAUACACACGUGGAGCCCACUAUUGCAUCAGCCGUAGUGUCGACAGAGGAUCUCGAAAUCACAGUAGAAACGCUACAGACGUUGACGGCACAUCCUAGCGUCAUCAAGUCGAAAACAUGUAAGGAUGUACGUACGGCUGUGUUCAAUUUCCGCCACGCUUGUACAACGGGUCAGAAUGCUGUUGAGGGCAACAGCCUGACGGCUCGAAUCUCGGCCGCUUUGUCUGAUACCAAAUUCACCGAUGCCAGGGUCUUGCUCGCAGAGAUGCGCAUCCGCAACGAGACUCCCUCCCUUGGCGCUUUGUGUCGCUGGGUUCGUGCGCUGGAUGUCAUCAGUGGUCUCGCGAUCCAUGUUGAGCCCUCUACUAUGACCGUCGCUGGACUUUCUUCUCCUAGAGACCAAGAGCUCCGGCAAGUACUCGACGCUGUCCUCCGUGUCACUGGCCCGACAGACCCCACCCCAAUAAACAUCACAGCUGAGCCUGGCACCAUCGCUCUCCAAAGCACAUGGGACCUACGAGAAAGGCAAACGCCCACAAGAUUGACACGUGCCAGCGUGGAAGAUGGGAGCAUCUUCAAAUCGUGUCCGCCUAGUCUCAAGAACAAAUUCCGCAUUGUCGAGACCACGUCUGGUGCACAGCGCAAGCCUCCGAAUCUACAUCCCGCUGUCCUCUUCGCAUCACAAAAUGCUACGAUCCCGCUCGACAACGGUCCAAAGACAACAUCAGUACACAAGCACCCAAUCGUGCCGAAUCUACGACUAAUCAAGGACGUCCUCUCGCCCGAGGAGUGCUCGUCGAUGAUCGCCGCGGGUGAGACCAUGGGCUUCAUCCCUGAUGCGCCAAUCCGGCAAGACGAAGACACGAGUAUUCUGGCACACAACUUUUACUGGAUUGUGGAUCAGGUUUUUCAUGAUAGAUUAUGGGAGAGAGUGAGUCCAUUCGUGCCGGAAUCAGUCACUGGGAGGCAGGUCCGAGGUGUUAACAGGAGGUUCCGCGUGUAUCGAUAUGUCCCUGGUGCCGAGUAUCGAUGCCAUAUUGACGGCGCCUGGCCCCCCUCCGGCCUCGAUCCAAUAACCGACACCUACCAAUACGACGCCUCCCCACCCCACGCCCUCCAAUCGAGUCUAUACACCUUCCUAAUCUACCUCAACGACGACUUCCGCGGCGGCGAAACGACCUUCUUCCUCCCCAGCGGUGGGCGGGAAGGCGUCAUCACCGCGUAUCCCGUGCAGCCGAUUAUGGGCAGCGUGGCGGUGUUCCCGCAUGGGGAGGCCAAGGGGGCGUUGCUGCAUGAGGGGACGGGGGUCGUGGAGGGGACGAAGUAUGUGAUUAGGACGGAUGUGGAGUAUGAUGUUGAUGUUGGUGUUGAUAGUGCUGGGGGGGGGGGGGGUUGA